AUGCAGUCGAUAUUUCAAGGCGAGGAGGUCAAUGGCCGCGGGAUCCCGCGGGCCGCGUUCAUCGAGGACGUCUCUGCGUUUCUUGAGAGCCACGGCGGCGCCGAUGCCGCGCGUGCGGUGUUUGCACAGUGCCAGGAACAACUGUCCAAGUACCAGUAUAUGCUGGAGGCGAAACGGCAGCAGCUAGCACAGUUGCAGCAGCGACUACCGGAUCUGCAAAGCUCUCAGCGGAUCUGCAGCGUGCUGGCUGACUCGCAAGAGAACGGUGAUGACGCCGGAUCUGACGCUGACCCGUCCCUCGAGCUGAACUUCCAGCUGAACGACACUCUGUACACGCGUGCCAGUGUACCCCCCAACACGACCCACGUUGGGCUGUGGCUCGGUGCAGACGUGAUGCUGGAGUACCCACUCGCCGAGGCUUUGGUUCUUCUCGAGGGCAAAGUCGCGGACUGCAAAGAGGGCGCCGCUGCAGCGGCCUCCGACGUCGAGUGGCUUCGCGAGAACGUCACGACGCUCGAGGUCAACUGCGCCCGACUGUACAACUGGGACGUCGCUCAGACGACGGUCCGUCCCGCUGUGUAA